GAGGUCUGAUCUGACCCAGGAUCAGUCCAGGUGUGGAGUAUGUGAGAGGGUACCGAGGGACCCAGUCAUCACCACCUGUGGACACAGUUUCUGCAGGCAGUGCAUCAGCAGCUACUGGGAGCAGCCUGGACUGCCAGGACACCAAACCUGUCCCCAGUGUGGAAAGACAUGCAGAGUUCAACCUCCUCUACAGCCUCUUCUGGAUGAACACACAGACAUGGUAGAAAGCAGCAGACACCUGCACACUGAACACACACCAGACAGAUGGAGCAAACCAGCUGAUGAUGUCCUGAGGAGAGUUAUAGAGAAGCAUAAAGCCAGUCUGAAGAAGAGGUUUGAGAACAUUUCUGAAGGCAUCAUCAAACCAGGAGCUGAGACACCCCUCAAUAAGAUCUACACAGAGCUCUACAUCACAGAGGGAGAGAGUGAAGGGUUGAAUAAGGAACAUGAGGUGUUGCAGGUAGAGUCAGCAUCCAGAGCACAAACCACAGAAGACACACCAAUCAACUGCAAUGACAUCUUCAAGCCCUUACCUGGACAGGAGAAGCACAUCAGAACUGUGAUGACCAAAGGUGUUGCUGGCAUUGGAAAAACAGUCUCAGUGCAGAAGUUCAUUCUUGAUUGGAUAAAUGGGGUAGCCAAUCAGAAUGUAGACUUUAUCUUUCCCCUUCCUUUCCGUGAGCUGAAUUUAGUCAGGGUUGAUCAGUAUAGUCUUCACAAGCUCCUGCUUGACUUCCAUCCUGAGCUUAAGGAGCUGAAGGAUGGUGAAGAAUACAAAGACUGUCAGGUUGUGUUCAUCUUUGAUGGUUUGGAUGAGAGACGGUUACCUCUGAAUUUCCAACAGAACAUGAUAUCUGAUUUAAAACAAACAUCAUCAGUGGAUGUUCUGAUGACAAGCCUCAUUCAGGGAAGUCUGCUUCACUCUGCACACAUCUGGAUAACCUCACGACCAGCAGCAGUCAGCCAAAUUCCUGCUCACUUAAUUGAUCAGAUGACAGAAGUACGAGGGUUCAAUGACCCUCAGAAGGAAGAGUACUUCAGGAAGAGAAUCAGUGAUGAGAGUCGGGCCAGCCGAAUCAUCUCACACAUUAAGGCAUCCAGGAGUCUCCACAUCAUGUGCCACAUUCCAGUCUUCUGUUGGAUUGCAGCUACUGUACUUCAGCAGAUGCUGGACAACACUCAAGACAUUCCCAAAACUCUGACUGAGAUGUUCAUACACUUCUUGCUCAUCCAGACCAGAAGGAAGGAUCAGAAAUAUCAAAGUGGAACUGAGACAGAUCAAAAGAAACUUCUGAAACCUCAGAAAGAGAUUUUACUGAAGCUUGGAGAACUGGCUUUCAAGAAUCUGGAGAAUGGCAAUCUGAUGUUUUAUGAGGAAGACCUGAAAGAGUGUGGCAUUGAUAUCAGUAAAGCAGUGCACUCUGGCAUAUGCACUGAAAUCUUCAAAGAAGAAUCUGUGUUUCACCAGAGGAAGGUCUACUGCUUUGUGCAUCUAAGCAUCCAGGAGUUUCUGGCAGCUGUGUUUGUGUUUCACUCUUAUGUGACCAAGAACUUCAAGGUACUGAAAUCCCUCAUCAGUGAAGAACAUAAUCAAUCAAUUGUUGCAUAUCUUCAAUCAGCACUUGGAUUUAAAUCUCAAGAUCAUCUACAUGUGCUACUUAAGAGUGCAGUGCAUGAGGCUUUGAAGAGCAGGAAUGGACACCUGGAUCUUUUCCUUCGAUUCCUUAUGGGCAUCUCUCUGCAGAGCAAUCAGAGACUUUUGAAAGGUCUACUGAACCACAAACACAGCACCUCAAAGAGCGUUGAUGAAACAUGUCAAUAUAUUAAGGAGCUCAACAGGAAAGAUCUCUCUCCAGAACGAUGCAUCAAUCUUUUCCAUUGCUUAUUAGAAAUGAAUGAUCAUUCUAUGCACAAAGAAAUUAAAAAAUAUCUGGAGUCACCAAAGAACUUCAAAGAGAAAUUGUCCCCUGCUCACUGUUCAGCACUGGCCCACAUACUUCUAAUGUCUGCGGAGGUGCUGGAUGAGUUUGACCUGAAGAAAUACAACACAUCAGAUGAGGGACGCAGGAGACUGGUGCCUGCUGUGAGAUGCUACAGAAAGGCACGACUUGCUGAAUGUACACUUAGAUAUAAGUCCUGUGGAAUUGUGGCUACUAUUCUACAGUCACCAAACUCCCUGACAGAGCUGGACCUGAGUAAAAAUGUCCUGGGAGAUUCUGGAGUUCAGUUUCUCUCUAACGGACUGUCUAGUCCCCACUGCAAACUGCAAAAAUUAAGACUUGCUGAAUGCACACUCACAGAUAAGUCCUGUGGGAUUGUGGCUACUGUUCUACAGUCACCAAACUCCCUGACAGAGCUGGACCUGAGUAACAAUGACCUGGAAGAUUCUGGAGUUCAGCUUCUCUCUAAUGGACUGUCUAGUCCCUACUGCAAACUGCAGACAUUAAGACUUGCUGAAUGCACACUCACAGAUAAGUCCUGUGGGAUUGUGGCUACUGUUCUACAGUCACCAAACUCCCUGACAGAGCUGGACCUGAGUAACAAUUACCUGGGAGAUUCUGGAGUUCUGCUUCUCUCUAAUGGACUGUCUAGUCCCCACUGCAAACUGCAGACAUUAAGGCUCUCUGAUUGUCUCAUCUCAGAGAAAGGUUAUAUUUGUCUGGCUUCAGCUCUGUAUUCAAACCCCUCUCACCUAAAAGAGCUGGAUCUGAGCUACAAUCAUCCCGGAGAAUCAGGACUGAAGUUGUUAUCUGUUAGACUGGAGGAUCCUGUCUGUAAACUGGAGAAGCUUAGAACCGACCAUGCUUCUGAGCUCACACUGGACUCAAACACAGCAUACAGAUUUCUCUCUCUCUCUAAGGGGAACAGAAAGGUGACACGUGUGGAUGAGGAGGAGUCGUAUCCUCACCAUACAGAGAGAUUUGAAAAGUGGCCUCAGGUGUUGUGUAGAGAGGGUCUGUCUGGACGCUGCUACUGGGAGGUUGAGAGGAGUGGGAAUGGGGCUCGUAUAUCUGUGGCGUAUAAAAGCAUCAAGAGGAAAGUAAAGAGUGAUGACAGUGCACUGGGACAUAAUGACAAGUCCUGGAGUCUGGAAUGCUUUCCUUACAGUUACUAUGUCUGGCACAAUAAUAAACGCACUGACAUACUACCUGCCCCCUCCUCCAGCACAGUAGGAGUGUACCUGGACUGGCCGGCCGGCACUCUGUCCUUCUACAGUGUCUUCUCUGACACACUCACCCACCUGCACACGUUCCACUCCACAUUCACUGAGCCCCUCUAUCCUGCGUUUAGGGUUCAUUAUAACUCCUCAGUGUCCCUGUGCCAGAUC